CCUGUCUCGCCAACGCGUAAAUAAUGCCCUAUGACGCAAGGUAAACACUCGUCAUACCACGCUGAUCAAAACAGCUUCAAGGUACUUAACAACGGACUGCAUUAUUCUACAUCCCAUUCUUUCCUUCCCGCAAUUACAUAAACUACAGUUCUAGUGAUUAAUUGGACAAUUAUCAUUCACAAAAUCACCAAAGCGCAAAGCACUCGCGGAAUCCAGCUCCAACAAGGAUGCUGCCACCAAACCUCGCAAUGCAAAGGCUGCAAAGACCACAGCGAAAUCUGAUACUUCGAAAACUUCUAACGCGAAAGCAGGGGUUAAACCAAGCUCAAAAGCUACUGAGUCACCGAAAGAGAAAGCUUCUGCCACAAAGGAUGCGAGUAAACCGAAGGCACAGGAUGUAAAGUACAGCAAUGCAAAUACCCUCUCCAAGAAACCCGAAUGGGCGAACCUCCAAUGGCCGAAUAUCGGCGAUUUCCUCGACGACGAGGACCAAGAUAUGCCCGAGGAUGGGCAACUUCUAGACGAGUUUUGCUACCGGGUAUCUGACCUCGGCAUUCCCGUCACAGAAGAUGGAAUGAAGCAGUGCGAGAAACUGGACAAGGAGUAUUCGAAGAGGGAUCAAGAUAGACAUGACAUGCAUAUCUACAAUGACUGGAAUGGAUGGGGCAUGUGCGAGCUGUUGGAGAAUUAUGUUCGUGCUUCCUAAAUGGUAUUCACUUGGUCAGUUGUUAGAAGCUAAUGAUGUGCUAGUUGAAAGAUUUCAACAAGGAUAUUCUCAAGAAGACAGCAAGUCCGUUCCAGAAGUGGGCGUACAUUGAAGGACUAGCGGUGUUCCUCUUUGGUGCCCAGAUGGAAUUGGUAUACUUCAUCAGUACGUUCCCCAUCAAUAUCGUCCCGCAGAGUUCUAACAUUCAAUCAGACAACGAGGAUGGUGACCGCACAAGAGAGAUUGCCCAGCUCUUCGGAACCAUGAUCCUCACUGCCUUCGAAGCCCUCCAAGAGCAUGACUUGUUCAAACCCGACUCGGAAGUCAAUAAUAUCGGUAUCAUCUCAUUGAUUCUUCUCCAGUUCGUGGAAUGCGACGCUGUUGAUUUGGACUGUGAUUGGGCUCCUGAAGUUGUGCGACUGUGUGAUGAGGCGGGUAUCAAGCUUGAUGAUGUUGUGAGGAAGCAGGUCAAGGUUGACAAGAAGGAUAUCAAGAAAUGGAGAGAUGAGUACAAGAAGAAGCAGACGAAGAGUAAAUAUGCAAGUAAAGAGGAUGGUGGGAAUGGGUAUAAGCAUUUUGCCGAGAAAAAGGAUUGGAAGCUGGAAGAUGACUUGGAGAAUGAGUGCAAGAUGUGGUACGGGUGGGAUUGGAAGCUUGAGUAUGAUGUCUUUCAGAAGAGUGGAAGUCAUCCCGGAGGAACGCAUUAUGAUAUCAACAAGAUGAGUAAGGCUCAGAAGAAGUCCCAUACUCUGGGCACGAAGGCAUUCUCAAGGAGGAUUGGAAUUGAGUCCGAUGGGUACGAGUCCUGAUCGGCUCUCCAAUCGGCCGUUGUAAACUUGGGAUCGAGACAGGGAACU